AUGGGGGCCCCCCGGGAGCGGCGCGAGGUUCUGGCCGCCAUCCGGGCCGAGGUGGCCCGGCACGAGGGGGCCAAGGGCCACCUGAACCGGCUGGUGCGGCUCGUGGAGACCGUGCCCGAGCCCCGGCUGCGCGGGAGCCUGGGCAGCACCCUCAGGGCCCUCCGAGAGGCUUUGGUCAACAGCCAGGAGUGGACCCUGGGCCGCUCUGUCCCUGAGAUCCGCCUGGGGGUCCUGGGCGGCAGCAAGAGCGGGAAGUCGGCGCUCGUCCAUCGGUUCCUCACUGGCUCCUACGUGGGCUUGGAGCCCACCGAGAGUGGCCAGUUCAAGCGAGAGGUGACGGUUGAUGGCCAGAGCCACCUCCUGCUCAUCCGGGAGGAGGCCGGCGCCCCGGACGCGCAGUUUGCCAGCUGGGCGGACGCCGUCAUCUUCGUCUUCAGCCUGGAGAGCGAGAGCAGCUUCGAGGAGGUGACGCAGCUGCACGCGCUGCUCAGCGACCUCCGCGGCACCAGCGACGUGGCCCUGGCGCUGGUGGGCACCCAGGACAAGAUCAGCUCGUCCAGCCCGCGGGUGGUGGAGGACGCGCGCGCCCGGGCGCUCUGCGAGGUCAUGCGGCGCUGCCUCUACUACGAGACCUGCGCCACCUACGGCCUCAACGUGGACCGGGUCUUCACCGAGGUGGCCCAGAAGGCCGUGGCGCUGAAGAAGCAGCAGCAGCUGAUGGCGUCCUGCAAGUCCCUGCCCAGCUCCCCGAGCCACUCGGCCGCCUCCACCCCCGUGGGGGGCGUCCACCCCAGCCAGACCAGCAACGGUGGCCACACCAGCGACUACUCGUCCUCACUGCCGUCCACCCCCAACGUGAGCCACCGGGAGCUGCGCAGCGAGACCCCGGCCCCGCUGGGGACCCCCAGCUCGCUGCACCGCGGGGCCAAGCGCCGCACCAGCCUCUUCGCCACGCGCCGUGGCAGCGACUCUGAGAAGCGCAGCCUGGACAGCCGAGGCGAGGUGGCCGGCAGUGGCCGAGCCAUCCCCAUCAAGCAGAGCUUCCUGCUGAAGCGCAGCGGCAACUCCCUGAACAAGGAGUGGAAGAAGAAAUACGUGACCCUGUCCAGCAACGGCCUCCUCUUCUACCACCCCAGCAUCAACGACUACAUCCACAGCACCCACGGGAAGGAGAUGGACCUGCUCCGCACCACGGUCAAGGUGCCCGGGAAGCGCCCGCCGCGCGCCAUCUCCGCCUGCGGCCCCUCGGCCAGCAUCAACGGGCUGCUGCGGGACCCUGAGCCGGGCGCCGCCGUCCCCUCUGUGGGGCUGAGCCUCCCCCCCGAGCCGGGGCUGAAGGUGGUGGGCAAGGGGUCCCUGCAGCGCUGCGCCUCCGCCUCCGGUGCCAAGCUCGCCUCAGAGUCCCCGCUGUCCUUCGAGGCCGUGUCCAGCAGGGACCCGCCGCCGUCGCCGCUGGUGGACAGGAAGAAGCACCGGCGGAAGAAGCUGACGACGCCGUCCAAGACCGAGGGCUCGGGUGGGCAGGCAGAAGCCAAGCGCAAAAUGUGGAAAUUAAAAAGUUUUGGUAGUUUAAGAAAUAUUUAUAAAACAGAGGAGGAGAACUUUGAGUUUCUGAUCGUGUCAAGCACGGGGCAGACGUGGCACUUCGAGGCCGGCAGCUUCGAGGAGCGCGACGCGUGGGUGCAGGCCAUCGAGAGCCAGAUCCUGGCCAGCCUGCAGUGCUGCGAGAGCAGCAAGAACAAGGCGCGCAUGGACAGCCAGAGCGAGGCCGUGGCCAUCCAGGCCAUCCGCAACGCCCGCGGGAACUCGCUCUGCGUGGACUGCGGGGCACCCAACCCCACGUGGGCCAGCCUGAACCUGGGCGCCCUGAUCUGCAUCGAGUGCUCGGGCAUCCACCGCAACCUGGGCACGCACGUGUCGCGCGUGCGCUCGCUGGACCUGGACGAUUGGCCGCGGGAGCUGACCCUGGUGCUCACGGCCAUCGGCAACGCCACCGCCAACAGCAUCUGGGAGCAGAACCCGCGCGGCCGCUGCAAGCCCACCCACGAGUCCUCCCGGGAGGAGAGGGAAUCGUGGAUUCGUGCCAAGUACGAGCAGCGGCUGUUCCUGGCGCCGCUGCCCGCGGGCGAGGCCCCGCUGGCCGAGCGGCUGCUGGGGGCCGUGCGCGAGCAGGACCUGCCCGCGGUGCUGCUGCUGCUGGCCCACAGCCACAAGGAGCAGCUCAACGUGCCCACGGCGGACGCGGAGCGGCGCACGGCGCUGCACCUGGCCUGCGACACCGGCCAGGUGGUGGUCACCCAGCUGCUGGUGUGGUACGGGGCCGAUGUGCGGGCCCGGGACGGCCACGGCCGCACCGCGCUGUUCUACGCCCGCCGCGCCGGCAGCCGCGAGUGCUCCGACAUCCUGCUGCAGCACGGCUGCCCCGGCGAGGGGCCCGGCAGCCCCCCGACCCCCGGCCCUCCGACCCCCGGCGGCCCCCCGACCCCCGGGCCCCGCCGCCGCAGCAGCUGCGCCAGCGUGGGCCCCUGCGAGCCCCGGUCUGCCCUCGUAUAGCCCUGAGGGGCCCGGAGCCCCCCCCCCCGGCGCCCCCGGGCGCGCGUGCCCGCGGCCUGGGGUCACCCCGGUGCCACCCCCGGGGUCGCCCCCUCGCCCACGGUUUGUACUUUUGAUGCUCUAUUUAUUAUCCUUUCCACGUCGGGGUCUCCGCUGGUCCUGUCCCCCUCUCCCUGCCAGGGACCCCCAUGCCAGGGGUCACAGUGAUGCCACUGCCACCGCCACCUUCCUGUCCCCUCCCCGGGGCAUUGUGCCCCAGCGUGGGGUGGGCACGGCUGGGCUCGGGGCACUGAGGACGGGGUAACCCCUGCCCAUGUCACUCCUUGCCCAUGCCAUCCCCUGUCCCUGUCACCCCCGCCCAUGUCGCCCUCACCCCCCCAUUGCCCCCUGCUCACAUCACCCUGUCCUACCCCCGUCCCCGCGUGCUGUGUCCCCCUCCCCUUGUCACCUCCGCAGCCGCGCCCCCCUCCCCAAGUCGCCCUCGCCUUGCCACCCUCCCUGACCCGCCCCCGUGUCCCCGUGUCCCCCCCGGCCGUGCCCCCCACGCCCUGGCACGGCCCCGGCUCGGUGGCAGGAGCAGAGCAGACCCCGACGCCCCCCCUUUUCUACAACAACCUUUUGUACGCCCCCUCCCCCUUUCCGUGGCCUGACACCCCCCCCCCCCCCCGUGGCCUGACCUCCCCCCGCCCCCCGUUUCUCGGCGUCCCCUCGGGAUCCCCGUUAAUUUAUUGCUUUGUUUAGCGAUAGGAUAGAGCCAGCCCCUCCCCUCGCGGGGGGGCACCGCCGGCGGGACCCCCGACCCCCUCCCGCCGGCCUGGGGGGGGCCGCCGCGUCCCCCUCCCGCGACCCCCCAUGAAUGUAGGGGCGCCCCAGCUGUGACGCCCCCGACACGCCCCGGCGGGGCCGAGCCAGGGAGCCCGGGGGGGGCCGGGGGGGCGGUCGGGGGCGGUCGGGGGGGGGCCCAGGCCCGGGGGUCCCGGCCGUGUACAGCGUUUUCAUCUCUCGGGUGUGACUGUAAGUACGUGACAAUGUCGGACA